GUGACAGUUUGACGGGUCAACGUAAAUAAAUAAAUACCAAACAAACUAGAAAUUGGAAAUUGCCGACUAAAACUUUGUUAUAUCUCUGUAAUUUAUAUUCUAGUUUUCCUAGGAGCCUUAAUUAAGGGUUAAUUGUAGAACAAGACACGAUUUUAAGCAAGUAUAUCUCAAUAGUGAUGAGUUCUGUUACUAAAAAUCUUGAAGUAUGUUGUCGUACUUGCUUGAGAGAACAGGUUGAUACUCUAGAACCUAUGAUUGGUAUAUUUCAGGAAAAUAGUAAUUUAAUUAAUAUUGCUGAACUAAUAUAUUCAAUUACAACUAUCAAGGUUGUAAUGGAGGACCAAUUACCAAAGAAGCUAUGUAAUAUUUGUUACAACUGUUUAUUAAGUUUCAAUGCAUUUAAGAGUGCAGCACUGGAAGCUGAUGCACAGUUACGCGAGCAUGUUUCUAAAACACUCAAUAAAAGUGAUGCGGAUGAAAGCAAUGAUGUUAAAAUUAAACUGGAAAAUGAUUACAAUCAGUAUCAAAUUGAAAUUCAAAUUGGGGAUGACAGUAUUGACUCAGACAUGACAGUUAAGCAUGAAUUAAAUCCAUACAAUGCAGGACCUCCAUAUUCAGACAUAUCUGAUGCCAGCCAACUUGAAGAGUGUCAAACAAAACGCCAAAAAGCUCCAACACUCAAAUGUAAUACUUGCAGUAAAGAGUUUAAAUCACAAAAGAAGCUACAAAUACAUAAACUCAAACAUGCAUACAAUUACACUUGCAAUAUUUGUGCACAAACAUUCAAAUACAAUUAUAGGUAUGUCAAACAUUUGCUCACACAUCGGCAGGGUGCUGAAAAUUCUUAUAAGGAUGAAAUAAACCAUAACACAGAUGAGAUGUUACAAUGUGAUGUUUGUCCAGCUUAUUUCAAGUCUGUAAACUCACUUUCUGCUCAUAAAAGAAAACAUGCUUCUAAAGACCGAGUACUGUCAUGUUCAAUAUGUAGCAAGGUGUUUAAAAAAAUGUCCCAUUUAAAGCGGCAUGAACUAUGUCAUGAGAACAAUCGCCCAUUCAAAUGUUCUCUAUGCCCCAAGACAUUUGUAACGGAGACUAACUUAGCAGAACAUUUAAAUAAACACAAUGGUAUAAAACCUCAUUCCUGUCCUAUCUGUACAAAAUCUUUUGCUCACCUGUCAACGCUAACAAGUCAUAUAAAGAUUCAUACAAGAGAAAAGCCCCACUUAUGUUCUACUUGUGGGAAAAGGUUUGAGACCAGCAAUAACUUGAAUCAGCAUAUGAAAAGGCAUGUUGGACUGAAGACCUUUGCUUGCAAUUUGUGUCCAAGGAAGUUUAUCAGUAAAGGUGAACUGAAGUCCCACAGUACAACCCACACAGGAGUAAAAUCUUACACCUGUGAUCAAUGCAACUCUAAAUUCACGAAGAGAAGUUCUUUAACCAAACACAAGUUGAGGCAUUUAGAUAUCAAACCUUACCAGUGUGAUGCUUGUCCUAUGAAGUUCACAAGUAAAUACCAUCUGAAGCGCCACAACAGGAUCCAUACGGGUGAACGUCCAUAUCGCUGUGAGAUAUGCGAUCGUACUUUCACACAGAGCAACGAUUUGGUCAAGCACACUCGCUCACAUUUGGGAAAUGCUAUGUAUAAAUGUAACGAAUGUACUCAAAGCUUCAGACUCAAAACAGAACUUCGUCAGCAUAUAUCAGAACAUUUCAUCUCUUCUCAACUGCAAGCUUUAAAAGUGAGUUCGGAAAAAACUCAAGCCUUGGUAGAAAAAAAUGAUAGUAUUGUGAAGAUAUCACAGGUCAAUACAGAGGUUGAGAGCAGUCUUUGUCUAGAAGAAGAUACAAUAGAGAAUUGAAGAAGAAAGAUGGUGAAAAUGCUUUUCAUUUUGUGAAUGGUUUUGUUACUUAGGGUGGGUGGCAUCAUGUAACUAUAUCUAUGACCAAAGCAUAAUGAUGAUGUCCUCCUAGCCGAUUACCGGCUACGGCGGCUGUUCUAAUGUAAUGAGAUUAGCCAACAGGACAUAUAAUAGUGCACAACACAGUGCAGACACAGGUGCACUCACUAUUCCUUCAUUCUCUGCUUGCGAUGGAACGGCAAUCCGACACGACCGGAGAGAGAUCAGCCGCAGCACCUACAUUUACGUGGUCCACGUACUUAUGUGUUCCGUAUAAUGAACCAAUAUAACAACUAGUUAUGGGUUGUUUAUCGUUUUCGUCGCUGAUGAAACCCACCCUAUGGAUAUAUUCAAAAAUCACCUAGCGCCCUGCAAAGCUUUAGACUUAUCUUCAUCAUCUACAAAUUGUUAUAUGUUAUUACAACCAGAAUGUUAAUUGUCUGAUGAUGAUUACCCACAUAUAUCUCUGUAUAUGGAAGAAUAGAAAUCGAAGGUAGGUUAAGUUCAUGUUGUAAUAAGACCAUAAAUAUUUUUUGAAACAUUUUCAACUUUUUUACUAUGGAUUAAGAUCGAUUUAUAGAACUUUGUAUUAGAUGUGGUUAUUAUAUGUGGCUUUGUUGAUGGUUAUUUAAUAUUUACGACAAGAAGUAAAUAAAAUUAUACCUAAUAGUGUAAGUUGAGAUACUAUUCUUGGUUGUGACAAAUAUUUUUUAAGCAAUUAACUGGAAUAUUAAGCAAUAACAUGUUUAGAAACAAUAUUUAAAAAUAAAUUAAGUUUUAAUGA